AUGGCGGCUCCCUUGGUGCUGGUGGUCCUGGUGGCCGUGACGGUCCGGGCCGUGCUCUACCGCUCCAGCCUCGCCGCCUUCAUCUCCGAGCGGGUCGAGGUGGCGUCCCCGUUAAACGCCUGGAAGCGAGUGGUCGAAGGAUUAGCUCUGCUGGAUUUAGGGGUCUCGCCAUAUUCUGGAGCUAUUUUUCAUGAGACUCCGCUGAUAAUAUAUCUCUUUCACUUCCUGAUUGAAUACGCUGAAUUGGUGUUCAUGAUAACUGAUGUGCUAACUGCUGUUGCCCUUUACUUGGCUAUCCAGGACUUCAACAAAGUUGUGUUCAAAAAGCAAAAGCUCCUAAUAGAACUGGAUAAAUAUGCACCAGAUGUGGCUGAACUCAUCCAGACGCCCAUGGAAAUGCACUACAUCCCCCUCAAGGUAGCACUAUUCUAUCUGUUAAACCCCUACACUGUGAUGUCUUGUGUGGCAAAGUCCACCUGCGCCAUCAACAAUACUGUCGUUGCAUUCUUCAUUUUAGCUACAAUAAAAGGUAGUGCCUUCCUCAGUGCUGUGUUCCUGGCCUUAGCAACAUACCAGUCACUCUACCCUCUCACAUUGUUUGCUCCAGCACUCCUUUACCUUCUACAGCGUCAGUUCAUACCAAUAAAACUGAAAAGUAAAAGCUUCUGGCUCUACACCAUGCAGUAUGCAGCCCUGUACCUGUGCAGCCUGGUGGUGAUCAUCUGCCUCUCCUUCUUCCUCCUCAACUCCUGGGAUUUUAUCCCAUCUGUAUACGGGUUUAUCCUUUCCGUUCCUGAUCUGACACCCAAUAUUGGCCUUUUCUGGUACUUCUUUGCAGAGAUGUUUGAACACUUUAGUCUUUUCUUCGUAUGCGUGUUUCAAAUCAAUGUGUUCUUCUACACCAUUCCCUUGGCAAUAAAACUAAAGGAACACCCUGUGUUCUUCAUGUUUGUCCAGAUCGCAAUCAUUUCUAUCUUCAAGUCCUAUCCCACUGUGGGAGACAUUGCACUGUACAUGGCCUUCCUUCCAGUCUGGAGCCACCUUUACAGAUUCCUCCGGAACAUCUUCAUCCUGUCAUGUGUGCUCAUUGUCUGCUCCCUCCUGUUCCCCGUUCUGUGGCAUCUAUGGAUUUAUGCAGGAAGUGCCAACUCCAAUUUUUAUUAUGCCAUCACGUUGACUUUCAACAUAGGGCAGAUCCUGCUCAUCUCGGAUUAUUUCUAUGCCUUCCUUCGGCGGGAGUACUACCUCACUCACGGACUCCAUUUGACAAGGCAAGAUGGGACAGAGGCCAUGCUUGUUUUGAAAUAAAGAUUGUGCCCACCAUUCCCUGGGACAUGGACCACUCUAAGGAA